AUGGCAAAAUUUGAAAUGAGCGACUUAGGCCUUCUCUCUUACUACUUAGGAAUUGAAGUUGAACAACAGAAGGGUCGAAUCCUGCUCAAACAACCAACUUAUGCCAAAAGAAUUUUGUCCCAGUUUGGAAUGGCUGAUUGCAAUGCCACAAAGUACCCGAUGGAACCCAAGGCACAACUUCACAAAGACACGGAAGGAGCACCAAUUGAUGCUACGGAGUACAGAAGCAUCGUUGGUUGUCUUAGAUACUUACUGAACACAAGGCCAGAUCUUUCAUAUGCUGUUGGGAUGGCGAGUAGGUAUAUGGAAAGGCCUACAACCAUGCAUUACAAGGUGGUCAAGCAAAUACUUAGGUAUUUGAGAGGGACGAUUCAUUUUGGGCUCACUUAUACGAAAGGUCCCAGAGAAUUCAAUAUAUUCGGUUACUCUGACAGUGAUUUAGCCGGUGAUCUCGACGGGAGGAAAAGCACAAGUGGAAUGACAUUCUACUUAAACGAAAGCUUGGUUUCAUGGAAUUCGCAAAAGCAAAAGACGGUGGCACUCUCAUCUUGCGAAGCCGAGUUCAUUGCAGCCACUACCGCAGCUUGCCAAGCAUUGUGGUUAAGAUGCCUUGUUAGCGAGAUAGUUGGAAUGGAGCCAAGACCGAUAACAUUAUUUGUGGCAACAAAUCCGCGAUAG